CAUUUGUCAAAAUUAAUUUGAACAGAAAAAGUAGUAGCUAAAUAAAUCAUUCAAAAGGUGGAAAAGAAAUGUAAGGCCUUUCACCACAUAGUUAAUUUGCAUACAUACUUUUGAAUUUGAAUGCCGCAUCGAAACGUGUGUAAAGUGUGGGUUGAUUAGUGAUCCCGUUCACCUGUGUGUUGUAAUUGAGAGCCAUUAAAACAGGUGGCGAGGCCUGAAGAAAGCAGUCAGCCCCUUCUACACUUCAGAGUUGGUGGGGGUGUGCUGGUCUUGUAGUGCCAAUCUCUGCAAGUGGUUGGAGUCCUGUGACUGGUUCCUUUUUGGGGGUUUUUUUUGUUGUUGUUGUUGUUGUUCUUCUUCUUCUAUGUGGUUGUAUGGUUGUACUCCCACUAACUGCAAUAUGAGGAGUCUUGGGAACAUUUUGAUAUGGAGCCUGCUUGCUGUGAUUUGUAAUGGAGCAAGGCCUAAUAUGAGAGGCAGAACAGACCCGCGCAGAGGAUUAACAUCUGAGUGUUUUGGUAACUUGAUGAGGCUAACACUGGAUGAGGCCCUUGCUGUGGGGAACCAACUUGAAGUGGAGGCCAUCAAUGGCAGCCAACACAUUGUGCUAACACCCACCUUGGCUGCUCAGUGUGGCUACAGCAUGGAGUCUGACCCAUGGGGUAACACCAGGAUAUACACCUCUCUGAUGGGCUGCUAUGUGGACAACAAUGAUGACACAACCUUUAAUGUUGGCCUCAGGCUUCAAAUGUACAGCCAGAAUCUGCCAGACGUGGUCUCUCAUGAUGUGAUGCAGACUUGCCGCUACGCCCGCUGGGCCUCCAGAGAGAUUCUUUGUGACAGAAACUACAUGGAAGUGUCGCACUACAUGGCUGCUCCUGCUCAAGGUACCAAGGGUGACGAGUACUCCAAGAAUGUCCCCACUGCUCAUGGUGUAGAAAAUGGAAUAUGGAAAAUGACGUUCUACACCCCCGAGCCAGUGGUUAUGAUGACUGGUGAGGCCCAACAUGCGGGAUACAGCGCCAUGGCAACCACCAACCGCCUGGUUGUGCGAAGUCCAUACAAUACAGCUGAAACCUACUCCGAGGAUGUGGCUGGAGUCCCCAUGGAGGUCCUCAAGGUUAGCACCUACCACAAGACGCCGCAAGGUUUAACUGUAGAGAACAUGGCAGUGGCUUGUCCCACAGGUGGCGUCCUCUUCACAGAUGAUAUGAUCUCUUGGCACAUUCCUCGCCGUGUGACACCCCUUCUGGACGGUAGCUUUAAGAUCCUAGAAAUGCACAUGGGAAUCAACGGACAGCGGCUGGAUCGACCUCAGAUGGCAGCACGGGGGUACACACUGUCCACGACGGACUUUCACAUUGUGGUAGAGAUCCCUGUGGGUUGUCCUAGUGGCUACAACAAGAGCCAUGCCCCAGAUUACCAGUACCACGUUACCUACACUGUGGAGCCCAUGCUUGAGGUCCUGUGGCGGGCAGACAAGACCCAACAAGAUACCAGAUACAAGAUUUUGUUCCCCAUCACCACACCCCUGAUGCCCAGACCGCCCCAAGUUGUUGACUAUAGCAAAGCUGAGGACCGAUUGUUCAGUAUCCAAGUGGGGACCUUCCUUGAUGAUGUGGAGCUCCAGAACAUCACCUUCUCUACAGACACACUCAGUCUUGAAGAGUGUGAAGCGAGAGGCUUUGUUGUACAGGAGACUCGCCAUCCUGGUGGCCUAAAGAGCUUCUCUCUGCAAAUCCCAUUUGAUGUCCCUGAAGUUGUUAAACAUAAUCCUGAGCCUCUGGUCACAACCUACACCCUCACUGUGGUCUUUGGGUUUGUGGUCCAACCGGAACAAACUCCGUUUGCUCACCCAGUGGAGUUGCAGGCUUCUCUGCAGGAUGUUGUUCUCCCUACAAUAUCAGGCUCUUGUGACGACAACCUGUUCUAUGUCAAAGUCAAAUACGGAAAUCAAGGCAAGAACUUCCAGACUUUGGUGGGCUAUCAGGAGCUCUCACCCGAGCUGGCCCAAACCUUCAAGUUGCAAGAGAAUGAGACGCACCUCAGCUUUGUGGUGCCCUUCUCUGCCAAACACACGGUGUAUGAGUUACUAACAUCCAAUUCAGUCCGGGCCAGACUUGACAUGAUGCUUUGGGAACCGAACAACAACUGGCUGCUUGGUGAUCUGUACCUGUGCUGCAACUUCCCCUUGAAGACGACUGAGUGCUACCCCAAUGGCACCAUGACUGCUCUGGCUGUCAAAGUGGAAUCUGUUCCCAACCUCACCCCCAACUGGCUGACCCUAAGAGACAAGGCUUGCAAGCCGGUCUUCAGCAACGACCGCUUUGCUUAUUUCGUCUUCAGUGUGGAUUCCUGCGGCACCACUAGAUCGUUCUUUGACAACUACAUGCUGUACCAAAACGAGAUUGGCCUGUAUUACAACACCAAAGGUGCCUCCUACACCGCACCAGUUGAUCCUGACUAUAGGCAAACUAUCUCCUGCUACUACAUGCUCAAUGACACCCAGACUGUUGGAUUUGGCCAUAAAGCUCGCAGCACUUACCCCGUCGCUGAGAUUGGACUGGGGAAACUUUCGGUGGAAAUGAGGCUUGCGCAGGAUACAUCCUAUGACCACUUCUACCAAGCUGAAGACUACCCAGUUAUGAAGUACCUCAGGGAGCCUCUCUACUUUGAGGUGGAGCUAAUGGAUACUCGUGAUCCUAACUUGGCACUCAUCUUGGAGAACUGCUGGGCCACCGCUCAUUCAGACAGGACAUCUCUACCCAGUUGGGACAUCAUUGUGGACACCUGUGGAAACCUCGACGACAGCUAUGUUGCACUCUUUCACCCCGUCAUGGCUGACACCAGAGUAGACAUCCCAUCCCACUUUAAACGCUUCUCAGUCAAGAUGUUCACCUUUACCAAAGACGACGAGGUUCUCAAAGAUGAGAUCUACGUCCACUGUGAUGUCGUGGUAUGUGACACAAACAGCCAAGCAGAGGAUGCCUGCAGAGGUCAGUGUAAACAUCCCAGCCCCCGUAAUUCUGCAUUGCAAGGGCUCAAAGGACUGAGAAGAGCACAAAGAAGCACAGACUCUCUCCGGCAAAGACAAAUCUCAUCUGGACCAAUUGUUCUAUUUAACCACCAGUCGAAACUCUGAAUAAAAGUCUUAAACUUUC